AUGGUGCAGUUGGUGGACAAAUUUGAGCUACUUCUUUGGGACAGGUGGCCCCUGAACAUGGUGGUGGGGUCAAUUGGAGGAAGUUUAUGCUAUGAAACUCAUAAACUAUCCACUAAGCCUGAGGUUGUGUCUUGUGAAGAUUUAGCAAAGAAGGAUGUGAUCCUUGAGCAAAAAUCUGGAGUGGUUGCUUUUGAAAAGGGCGGAGACAGUCUUGCAAAAGGGGAUCAUUCUGGGAUCAAUGAACAAAGUCCCAUGACCAUUGUGAAGAGGUUGAAUCAAGUCCAAGCUGCCUUCUCCAGUAGCAGCAUCAAGACCACAGACACCUAUGAGAUCCCUGCUUUUGAGCCAGUGGAACCUUUACCACUUCCUUCAACCACAUCCCUUAUUCAACCUGCACACACACUAACAAGCAAUACCAAAGUACCUGUGGCUCAGCAGAGUUCAAUCAUUCUUUCACAGUCAACUUCUGUAGCCUCAUUAGUGCCUCAACAAGACCCUGAGGAUCUUCUCACACAAUUAAAAUCCUCAGGAAAGAGUCCUUUGUCCCCUCCAAAGCCUGUGGGGGACAUGAUCAAGAAGUUUGAAGGAAUUACUUCUAAAACAAAGUUUGGGAAGUGGACCAAAGCAUGUGUAGCAGUCACUUUGGUCAACCAGAGGAUAACCUUUGGGGAUGUGAUCAACUGCUUGACAGUUAGAUCCAGGAAAAGUCACUCUGGUGCAAGAAUAGACUUCCCUGGUUCAGUCUUGAAGUCAAGGAUUCCAAGGGUGAAAGAUACAAGAUAUCCUCAUUUGAACAUGAAUAAGCAUUCAGGAAUCACUCCAAGCAGGUCAAUGGUGACCCCCAAACUGGCUACUAGGUGUCCAUUGGAUCCUCUGGCAGAUAUAGAAAAAGUGAAGAGAAGCUUGGUUGGCUGGAAUGAGUGGUUGACCAUUUCACUGGACAAAGUCUACUUGGCUUUAUUGCAACAUUGCAAGAUGAAUUGGUCCAAUGUGGAUGAGGAGACAAAAAGGGCUCACAAAACACAAGGAUUUGUGAAAACCCUAGACAAGGAGGAAUACACCAUCAGUCAGAAUAUUGCUGCACUCUCAACCACCACUCAAUUUACUGCCAAUGACUUCAGAAAACUCUGUGCCCUAUUUAAAAACUACACCAACCAAUUGCAGGCUUUGGCAGACUUUCUGCCAACCAGGGAUGUCAAAGUGGGCAUGGCCAAGUCCUUGCAUGCAUUCUUUGAGGUGGCCAAUAAACUCAUGGACCUGAGUGAACUAGCCAUGCACAAGUCAUUGGGUGCAAAAGGAAAUAAUGACUGUUUUGGAGCAGAAUUGAGUGACUGUAAGGCCAACACCAUCCAGUGGCUGAAUGGCAAGGGUGAUGCAGUUCUGAAAUCUCUUCAACAAGAAGCAGAGCUUGGGAAACCUGUGAGAAAACCCCUGCAACCAUUCAUGGAGGUUGUAGUCAAGAAAUCAACCACAAGUUCCCCAAGUUUCAGGUGCAACAGACUGACUUUGUUCACACCUGCAGCUGCUUCCUGCAGAGUUGCCAACAGAAAACCUCUGAGCAAGCGCAGAAGCAAGUCUUCUGUACACAAGGGCCUCAACAUGUCUGAGACCAAGACCCACAUUGUCUCUGGCAUCUUACAACAAAGGACUCCAAAAAUGACCAAGAUUGAAAAAGAUUCAAAGCUCAACAUGAUUGCGGAUAAGGUGGAAAAGUUCAUACAUGACUUGCUGAAGGAGCAGGACACAGAUUUCAAGAAGUGA